UAUCAGAGUCAAAUACAAUGCAAUACUUUGACAUCUAAAUCUAAAACCUACUAUGUAUGUAUACUAUGUAUCGAAACACUACUUUGCAAUAAAUCUAAUAACAUUUUCCGCAGUCAAUUGCUUCAUUCGCAACGGAGACGCAGAACGGAGACGCGUCUCAUGAUAAUCAAGUGGCAACGGUAGAGGCGCACGAGACAAGAUGUGCAAAAGGAAUAAAUAACUCAGAGACGAUGGAGAAUGGCGAGGAAACGUACCGACCAAACGUUGCAAUUCCAACGAGCAAUGACAUUGCAACGUUCUCCGAGGAAUUCUGUUCGACGAUUCGACCGGCGCACAACGUGCAAUCUUCCCAGGAAACUCUGCACGAAAUCAAGAGGAGACUACAGAGUUUGCACAACGUGCUGCAAAUAUAUCAAGACGCGAAUCGGUAUUCAGAGCGGGACGAGGAGUUAGAAAAGGAUGAGCGAAUCGACGAGGUAGACGCGUCCAUCGGAGCUGCACCCGAGGACGCUGAUCGAUGCAAAACCGAUACGAAUUGCAACGUCGAUUCGCAGGAAAAUCCGCCAGAGCUACAACACUCGAUGGACAACUGCGAGUAUUACGAUCACUCCGAUGGCAGUUUAUCUUGCUUGACUGGAUGUUCUUCAAGCACAUCGAAAACGUAUCGAUGUUCCAGCAACACUGCCACGCGAAAUCCUUGUUCCAAAGAAUCCAGUCGACACUGCAUCGCACGUAGACCGGUCACAUGUACCAAUGUCGAGACAAGUGAUCUUCCGGCAUUUUCAACGACGACAAAACUGUCCACCUGCAAGCAGUCUUCGCGUCUCUACAGUUUUGCGACGUCACAAACAUCGGAGGAUUGUACGAACUGUAAAACUGAAGAUGAAUCGUUCAAAGAUCAGAACGUACAGACUCAAAACGGAACAUCUUCGAGAAGGUUUGUCGCAAUAUUCGAUAACGAAGAAGAAAAACGUCAAGAAAAUGUGAUAGUGUCUCAAAGCGAUGAUCGAACAUUAAACGAGAGCGACAGGGAAGAGAAAUCGACAGCGCUGUUGCUUCAAGAAGCUUUACAUUUCAAGAAGAUUCUGCUGACGCGAGUUGACUCGGUGAAGGGGCAGCCAACACGACAAGAGACAAGUGAGAACGACAUCGCGGACGAAUCUAUACGUGAAUGCAAAGAAACGGAGCGAAGAGGAAACAAUGAUAAUUUUCCUUCAAUGAUAUUGGACAUCAAAACGGAGAAACCGAUCAACGGUUCCUGCGAGCGGAUGAAUCAACAUUACGUUUAUCUCGAGAUGAAGCAACGACGUGAAGAAGAAAGUGAGAAUCGCAUUUGCGAGGCAUCCUCCAAAUAUUUCAGUAUCACCGAUUUUGGAAUCUGUGACGAUGAUGAUGCAAAAAUUGGGAGUAAUGUUUUAUCGUCGUUAGAGCCUCCCAUUUAUGAAAAAGUGAUCUCUAUAACGAUACCGGUCGAUGCGAGGAGUCGAGAUGAAAUUAGUGCAAAUUCCGCUGAGAAAUUGAGAAGAAACAGGAAUGCCGAUGACAUUGGCGACAAUGUAGUUGGACGUUCGCCAACGACGCGCAAACUCGAAGAUCUCGUACUGGAGCGCAUCAGAAAUAUCAGAGAUUGCAUGGAUACCUUCCUUCGGAAUCGGAACAAGGCAAUAUCCAAAGUGCGCAGGGCGCUUCAGUAUCGUGGCGAAAGCGAUGCGAUGUUCGCUCCUCGAUGCUCAAAUGAAGCGAGCCACGUAAUGUUGCACAAGCGCGAUAACUGCAUCGAUCAAGCCGUCAGUUUCUCAAGCGAUUCACCGGAUCUCUUGCUAAAGACGUGGCCAAAUCGUCGCGAGGUCCUCCUCGAAAACGACAUUUUGAAAUACUGUUCCAACAUGUGCCUAAAGAGAGAUAUGCCUAAAGAGAGAGAAAGAUUUGCGCUUAUCGCUCCUGCCAAGAGCGACGCGCAAUCACCAGAAACAACUACAGAGCUGGAAAAGAAGGAAACUAUCUCGUCUUCCUCGAUGAUUUUCGAACGUCCUUGCGAGGAGGAUGAAACCUACAAGAAUGAAACAAAACCUACGCAUAAAAUAACCGAUACGUUGAACGGGGAUUCUCGAAAGCAUGAGAGACAAACGCAAGAUGCCGAGAGUAAACCCUCGGCAAUAUCGUCACGUCACUCGCUCGACGGUGCGGAAACCGAUAAAGAGAUUGUUGAAAUCGUACAUGAGGAACCGCCAGCGGUGUCAAACGAUAAUUCAACCACUAACAGUAGCUCGUACUUCACUAACGCGACAACAAGUGCCGUGAAAAUGGACGACGUGUUUCCCAAAUCUACUUUGAACCUGGAGCAAUCGCACGCAAUAUCGAUUGUACAGAAGGAAAUGGAACAAAGUCGAGCAAUCAGCGGAGAAAACAAUUUCGUUGAAGGAUUUCCAGAUAUAAAUGUAAAACUGAGCGAGUUAUCAUCGAAUCUCGAGUAUUCCAGCUUGAAGACGCUUGCAGACUCGAAUCUCGUUCCUGACGAAUCGGAAUGCGAUUGUUCGACGAGCGCGAGAGCAACGUUGAAUGAAAAUAUCAUGCCCUUUUGUAACGGUACAAAACGGUCGCCGCGACUUUUCUCACUGAACGGAAAAGAGGAAACACUGAAAACAGACGACGAUUCAUUAGGUAACACAAAACGAGGCAACGAAAUAUUCGCAAAUGUCAUGCACUCGUCGCCUGGAAUAAAAGCUCAUUCAACGGGACAAUUAUCGCAGACGUAUCGACGAAUUAAAGCGAAAAGUGACAUAUCUUUAACGGCCAACAGAAGAAAAGAAGACUUGAGUGUCAACUUGUACCCGAAGAGAUCGCUCUCGUUUCUGACGCGUCACGACAGUUUGGCACACGUCCAGAGGACAUUGCAUCAGUCUCACAUAAAUGUACAAUACGACGAUGACAAAUUUGCGGAGAAUAAACUGCAAUUCGCGAAUCGAUCCAAGUCUAUCGUACCGCCACAACGGGCUUCCACCAGAUCUUGCAUACCGAUUUCGAUGAAUCGCUUCGAGGGUAUUGGUCGAGUAAGAGGUCAAACUCACGCGAGGAGUCCGACAAGAGGUCCGCUAACCGUGUCGUGCAGAGAAAAGACUUUCAGUGAGAGUCACGUGAAGGAAGACGAGGAAGUUGCACAAAGACGCAGUAUUCCAAACAGACACUCGUGUGUAGAGGAAACGGCGUUAGAUGUGCAGAAGGAUAUAUUCGCCAAGGAUUUGGAGAAAAUCGAUGAAGCUAGUACAGAUCGGGAGAAGAAUCCGAAACUUUUGUCCAACGAGAGCAUUGUAAAGUCCUCGUCGGAGGAGGAAAUGUGCUCCGCGACAGAUUUCUUGAGACAUAAAAACAACUUUUGGAUCAUUACCGUCGACAGAAUGGAGAAGGAAGUUACCGCGAAACCUUCUAUUACGGAUACAUAUACGUCCAUGUCCAAAGUUACAUUAGAAACGAACUGACACGUAUAUAUGAUUUGUCAUACCUAUGUAAAUAUUUGUCAGAUCUUUUGUAAUAGUAUAUUUUUUUCUAAAUAAAUUUACUAAGUUCGAACAAAAAGAAAGAAACAAAAUUGUUUCGAUAUUGAUUGUUAGGCAAUGUUGCCCAUCUUUUAGACAUCAUCGAUCAGCGGCAACCGAAGUGGCUGAAUGUAAUAAAAGGUAU